GUCUCUGAUACCCUUGCAAUGCUUCAGCUUCCAUCUCACAAGACAAUUAGGCUCUGUGCUUGAGUGAAAAAAAGCAAAUACUUUUUUACACUGGCUUCUUCAGUAACGCUCAAUGGCAAACCAACAACCAAGAUCUCAUAGAAAAUAGGGUGUACCUGUUCUAGAUUGAUAUUUCCAUUUCAGUAUUGAACAACUCUAGAAAAGUGUGACAGAUAAUAUGAAGGUAUUGCUGGGUCUCACUACAUAAGAGGACUAUAUUUCUUUGCCAAGACUUCAAGUGCCAAAGUCAUUAGUUGCUAAUUCCAAGGUCUCUAGAUUUCACUUGAUAAGGCAGGCUGGGCUGCAGAACAAGAAGCUGUCUAUGGCCAGGUUAGUGUACGAGGGGAUAAUCUGAGAGGGAAAUGAUCUGGUGUUUUGGUAGUGGGAAUUUCAUUCUCUGAAUCAAUCAGAAACUAAUGCUGACAUUUUGAUCCUAGUUUACUUUAACUGUCAUCUUUCUCACUAGGGCUAAAAGGAGAUGUUCACCCAGGAGGCAAACAACUGUCAUCCUUCUCACUAGGGCUAAAAGGAAAUGUUCACCCAGGAGGCAAACAACUCUCAUCCUUCUCACUAGGGCUAAAAGGAAAUGUUCACCCAGGAGGCAAACAACUGUCUGGUCUUUCACACAUGCACACACACUCACACACUUACACCUCACACACCUUCCCACCUGCACUCCUACAUCCUCUAUACUGACACUUAAAGAUCUUCUUUCCAUGAAGAGUCUUAGUUAAUGUAAAGUAUCCAUGCAAGUCAUCCUGCCUCUGUCCCUGCUCCACUGCUGCUGCUUAACUCUUGGCUGUAUAUGUUUUUCUCCGUGGUGCUGUGGGAGCGCCUGGGGUCACGGGCAGUGCCAGUGUUAAGUGAGUGGGCAGGUGAGCGGCGCUUGGCUCCCUGUGGCGAGGUUAGUAAACUGACCGGUUCUGUUGUGUGGACUGAAUAGAGGAGUGAGACUGAGGGGUGGAACCUCAACGGGCCAUCUCAGGGACGGACCACAGCAAAGGGAGAGAGAGUACGGAGGGAGAGCAGGGGGCAGGAGGGGGCUAAUAAGAGACUGCAAGAAGGAGAAAGAUAGAGAAAGAAAGAAUAAAAAACAGCUGAAAAUGGAAUAUAUGCAAAUGUAUGUCUUUGUGGGAGGUCAAAGCACAGUCGUAUAUAUUCAAUAACUUGAAUAUAUAAGUACACACAAAGUUCUUUCUCACUACACCUGGAAUCCACCCCCCCUCGCUCUCUCGAUUCCUCUCCCUCCACCUCACCCUCAUCUCCCCUCUCUAUUUCCCUCUUUCAUUUCCCCUCUUCCUGCAAAUGUUUUUGGCUGGUCAUAGAUCCCUCAGGUGGAGGUCUUUAACUACUGAACCAUGACCUCUGGUGGUAGUAGUUUCAUUUGUUUCAGCCAUAAGCUGUCCUGUUACCACUGGGAGAUUGAGUUUCAUAUCAUUUAUGGAAAGGAGGACCAUUCUUCUAACAAGAGAAGUGUGAAAUCGAACCCUAACCCAUAUCCUGAGGAGAUGUAACCUUUUCUCUUACUAUACCAUAAUGUAUGUACAUGGUCUUUUGCAAUUGGCUGUGUGGAUAGUUGGUCCCACUGACUGUGCAGUGUUGCUGUGUUUUCACCUGUAGAGAGGGUUAGAGAGAUAAGCAGUUUCCUUUGACGACAGCUCAGGUUUAGUAACUGUUGAGUGAGACAGUGAGAUUAUCAGUGCUCUUUAGACUAAAGCUUUUCUUGGACAAUCACCAAGUAGAUAGUAAUGAUACAGAUCCUUGUCCUGCGGUAGAUAUAGAGAGAGGAUUUGGGCUCAGUAGGCGGGUGAGUAGGGCACCUGUAGCUAAUGAUUUACAACUGUAAUCACUAUCACAUCUAUACUCAUUUCCACAAGCUCACAAGGACUUGACCAAUAUGGCCAGGAGAAAUGUACCUUCUUGUAUUGCGCUGCAUUCCCUCCACCUGUAGUAAGACGGACGUGUCUGAACCCCACUAUGGGGCUACUGGAAGCCUCCCAGCUUGGCUUUUGUCUCCCAGUAAGAGUGGGGCAACAGGGUGGCUGCUGGAGGAAUUCCUCUUAUAUCAGGUGACCCGUCGCCCCUCUCCCCUCGCCCGGCCCACACCGGGGUAGUGCUUCUCACAGGCACUGUAUCCAGUGUCACAAAAGCACAUUUUACACAACGGGUACAGAGAGUGGGCCACGGUGCGGUGCAGUGGUUCUGCUUGGUCCAGCUCCAGGCUCAGAUAGAUUAGCAUGUCGUUGGGUUUCAAACCUCCCCCUGGGCUCACAGCUCUACUCCUCAUUGGUGGGGAUGUCCAUCAUCAAAGCCUUAAAGAGAUAUCAAGAGGUCUGGUGUUGCUGCUGCUUCAGUCUCCAUUGUACUGUUAGACAGGGAAUCAAUGAUUAGACGGGCCCGUCAUAAUUAGAUCCUUCUCUAACAUCAGGAUGCUCCCCUAUCACUCGGCACUCUUGGCAGUGAUGUCACUCACAGUGACCAGUGUAUCGACGAAGACCACUCAGCGGCCAAAGUACCAAUACACCAAGAAGCCCAUGCUUUACCGUGAGCAGCCCCAGAUUACCAUGCAGCCCCUAACCACCAUCAUCCCUAAGACACUGAAAUCAGUGGAGAAAUCAGAUCCCAUGGACCCCUACCCUCUGGCUACCACAGAGACUACAACCUACCCCAGCGAAGCCUACCAGGAAUACUAUACUGAAACCACAGGGCCCCCUGGUGUUGGGCAUGAUAAUUACACCAUGGAUUAUACUGAGUGCUACUUCAAUUUUUGUGAGUGCUGUCCACCAGAGAGGGGCCCUCGAGGGCCAAAAGGAGACAGAGGACUACCAGGUUCACAUGGAGAAGAGGGGGAGCGAGGACCCAGAGGCUUUUCUGGACUGGCUGGUUCAAAUGGAACUAUGGGGCCAAAAGGAGACAGAGGAGUUAAAGGUGACCUAGGAUACCGUGGAAUGGCAGGAACUCCGGGUAACCCAGGGAAACCAGGGGAGAGAGGUGGAUUUGGCUUCAAAGGUGAAAAAGGUGACAGCGGGCCCCCUGGUGUCAAAGGUGACCAGGGGGAGAAGGGUGAAAGCCAAAAUGGGACUAAGGGUGAGAGAGGGGAACCUGGAAUGGAAGGCCCAACAGGUCCUCCAGGGCUGGCUGGAGUGCAAGACCAGAAGGGGGACAAGGGGGACAAAGGAGAGUGUGGGACAUUUGGGGAGAGAGGACUGAAGGGCGAUAGAGGGGACCCUGGGCCUCCAGGUAUUCAGGGACAGGUGGGCCUUCCUGGGGUGGAUGGCAUGCAGGGCUCCCCUGGUGUGGUGGGCGAUCAGGGGGAUCCAGGACCCCCAGGGGCUCAAGGUGAGCCAGGGGUGCGAGGAUUUCCCGGACCCCAGGGAGGGAGGGGGAUGUUUGGGCCAAAGGGUGACAGAGGCCCCCACGGGAUGAGAGGGGACAGGGGCCCUCGGGGGAUCAGAGGGGCGAAGGGUAACGGGGUGAUUCAGAAACGCUCAGCUUUCAGUGUGGGCCUCUCUCCCAGCAAGUCCUUCCCUCCAUCAGGCUUCCCCGUCCGCUUCGACAAGGUCUUCUACAACGGAGAGAACCAUUACAACUCCUCCUCCAACAGCUUCACCUGUGUCCACGGGGGGGUCUACGUGUUCUCCUACCACAUAACCGUACGGAACAAGCCCCUGCGCGCCGCCCUGGUAGUCAAUGGGGUGAGGAAGGUGCGGACACGGGACUCUCUGUAUGGCCAGGACAUCGACCAGGCGUCCAGCCUGGUGCUGCUGCAGCUGGCGGUGGGGGACCAGGUAUGGCUGGAGACACUGAGGGACUGGAACGGUGUCUACGCCAGUAGUGAGGACGACAGCACCUUCUCUGGCUUUCUGCUCUACGCUGACAAGCCCUGACAAACGCUCUGAUAUCUAAUACAAUCUACACUGUAACUCUACUGUACCUCCACAGUACCUAAACAAUCUCUACUGGCACUCCUCCAUACCACCCAUACUGUACCCCACAGACCAGCCCCUCUGUACUCCUGCUCUACACAGACAAGUUAUGACAAUGGAGCCCACUAUACCACCACAGUACCAGGGACUGUAAAACACCUCUAUAUGAUAUGAAUGGCAGCACUCACCCCAUCUCUCUUCAUACUCCCUCUAUAGGCCCAUCAACAUAUAGACAUCUUUACAAGACUGUCAAUCUGGUAGAAUGAAAAAUAAUGCAAGUAAGACUGAUAGCACUGGAGUAGUUAAUGUUUAUUACUUGAGGAAUACUAAUCACAUAAUGUUUCCCAGGUUAGGUUAAGGAAUCAGAACAUUGUAUCGCUGUAUUAUGAGCUUUUUGAAAAUGAGCUUUUGUACACUUUUGAAAUAAAAUCAAUAUGUAAAUGUU